AUGUCGGCUCCAGCGGACUCCACCAUGAGCGGUGGUAACGCUGCGCCAGUUGAAUCCUCGCGGCUCGGACAGCCUAACGAUGCUGUAGCCAUGGAAAACAUUACCAAGCCCUCCGAGCAGAAGCCUGCCGAUCACGAGCACGAGCCCGCCGAUAAGACGAGCGCACCUGAGCCAACAUCCUCGACCAACGUGCCAGUAGCAUCCGAGAACAUCGAUCAAUCAACUACAGCACCAUCGGCUUCACCAAAGGGCAAAGAAAAGGAGACAGCUCCUCCAGCGCCGACUAAGCAAGAUUCGAACUUGGGCAUAGGCCCUGCUGUAGACGACAUCAGAGAGAUAUCAGGGGGCCCUUCUGAUGGACCCGUUUGUAACAUUACACUUCUCCUUACUUCAGGAAGUCGACAUCCGUAUAAGAUCGAUGCCAAGUAUUUGAGCCGGAGGAACGUGGAUAUUCCAGAUCAGACUGAGGGUGGACUUCCGGAUCCCUUCAGUAUCAGCAUUUACACCCUCAAGGAAUUAAUAUUGAGAGAAUGGCGAAGUGACUGGGAAGCCAAGCCUACUAGUCCUAGCAGCAUCAGGCUGAUUCACUUUGGCAAACUAUUAGAUGAUAAGGAACAGUUGAAGAAGUACCAACUUUCUACCGAAAGCCCCAAUGUGGUGCACAUGAGCAUUCGGCCGCAAGAUCUUGAUGAGGAGGAACCCAAGACUGGAAGCAAGAAUCUUUCAUCAGGCGGUGGCGACGGUCAACGUUCUCGAGGUGGAGGCUGUUGCGUCGUAUUGUAA